AUGGUUAAUUCACACGGAAUACGUUACAUUCGGUUGAAGCAGGUCUUUAAUCGUGCGUUAGACCAAUCGAUCUCGAAAUUACAGAGUUGGGACAAAGUCAGUUCAUGCUUCCCACAAUACGUAAAUAGCAAGCAGGGCGCCAUAAACGUUGCCAAUUGUCAACGUCAAUUGACGGAAUUCUGGACAGAAUUAUGCCAACGAGAGUUUAAAGAGAUCAUGGAGGAACGAAACGUGGAGCAGAAACUAAAUGACUUGGAUGAACUGAUUUUGGAGGCUAAAGAGCGCUACAAAGGUCAAGACCAAGAAGAAGUAAAUAAAGGGCCCGCAAUCGAUGAACUUUCCAGCAAAGAGCUUGUGGAAUGUCACAUAUACAGCCAGCGGGUGCAUGCCAUACAAGAGAUAGAUGAGCGGCUCACUAAAGUGAAUGAGAUGAACGAUCAGUUGGCUCAGGAGUUGAAAGACUUAGAGACACAAGUGGAGGUAGAGAAAAAGGAGAUCGACAAGAUGUACGAUGAAUACCUGGGCUCCCACACGGACCAACCGGUCAACGUGCUGCUGGUGCAGAGCCUCAACGACAUGGUCUUGGAAUUGAAGGAAAACUAUUGA